GUGCCCCCCUCCCUCUCCGUCUCACUCUUUCUCUCUGGCUCCCUCCCCUCCCCUCUCUUUGUCAUCCUCGUUGCCUCUGCAGCCUUCCUCCCGAUCUCCUUCGAUGGUGACCGCCUGCCCCUUAGCCGGGCAGGGAGACGGAGCGAGAAGGGCCAGCUAGGACCUGCCCGAGGUGUGACCCGAUGGCCUCCCCCAGGACUGUAACCAUCGUGGCUCUCUCAGUGGCCCUGGGGCUCUUCUUCGUCUUCAUGGGGACCAUCAAGUUGACCCCCAGGCUCAGCAAGGAUGCUUAUAACGAGAUGAAACGUGCCUACAAGAGCUACAUCCGGGCCCUUCCUCUGCUGAAGAAGAUGGGGGUGAGUUCCAUCCUCCUCCGCAAGAGCAUCGGGACCCUGGAGGUGGCCUGUGGCAUCGUCAUGACGCUGGUGCCCGGCCGUCCCAAGGACGUGGCUAACUUCUUCCUCCUGUUGCUGGUGCUGGCGGUGUUGUUCUUUCACCAGCUGGUGGGCGACCCCCUCAAACGCUACGCCCACGCCCUCGUCUUCGGGAUCUUGCUCACCUGCCGCCUGCUGAUCGCCCGCCAGCCCGAGGAGCAGCCUGCCGAGAAGAGGGCCGUGUCCCUCGACGGCGAGGAGCAGCCCUGUGCCCCCGCCGGGGCCCCGGAGAAGGGCAAAGUGAAGGUGUCUUAGGGCAGCGCCGGCGCAGGGGAGUAGACGCUCCAGGCAGCUGCCUCCGAAAUGCCCAGGAAGAUUUCCAUGCAUUUUGUCCUUUUCUUUGGUUCAUUUCUCUUUGGGUUUUUCGACAAAAAGGAAGGAGGGCCCAGCGGGCAGGUUGACGACCGCGAUGGCUUCUGCACCCCUCGCCCCAAAACCCUCUUCUUCUUCCCUCACGGUCCUCUCCGCCCCCGUGGAACACAGACACACAUACGCCCCCACGCUCCCCUUUGAUUGGUCCAGGGAGAUGCUCGCAUCUUGCAGAACCUGAGUGUGCGAGGCCGGCUGUAGCAACCAUGUGACUCUGUGGUAGGUGUGAGACUGUAGUUCGACCGUCUGCGUGCGCGUGCCUGUGCAAAAGCGGUUUCUGCUCCUCGACCGGCCCAGAGUUGGCAGCGUCUAAAUGUGUCGGCAGUAGAACCUGAGGUCGACUCCGACCCCAACCCGCCUAGUCCACCCGAGCUCCACAAACGAAGCAAGUAGACGACUUUUUUCUUCCCGUUCUGCCUGAGCCUCAAAUUGCCACCUUUCCACCUUUCCCAGCAGCUAACCAGGAUGUGGCUGCUGUCCUGGCUGUGGGAACGGUGCUCUAUCGGCCAGGAGGGUGGGUAGUAACGUUUAACCCUCGCUUGUGUGAGUGUGGGCAAAAUGGAGGGGCUGCAAUAAACGCCUCUCUGCAGAGAGAGCUCCCUUCCCUGCUGACUCCUCACUUCGAUGUAACAGUAUUAUCCGUGGCUAUUCAAAGUGGAUUUCCAAAGCUUUCCCGAGAUUCCACAUCGAUACCCAUCUUGGCCAGGGGAUGGCCCAGCCCGAGCUGGGGAGUUAGCCGGAGAAGCUGCUUCCACGACCCCGGGCCGCUGCGUCUCUGAAUGUUGUUAGAUCUGUUUUGUUUUGAUUGUUGUUGUGCUGGGGCGGGGGUUCCCUGGGGUGAUUACUGUGUUGUUUUUUUGAAUUGGUUGCGGUUUUGGUGUUCGUCUUUUUUGUUUUCAGUCUCGGUCUUUCGAAAUAAACUUUUUGAAAUUUGGAGGAAA